AUGUGUAAUUCAAAUCCAUCCAAAUCUUCAGCACAAUUCUGUGGUGGUAAACACGUCAUACCUGCAUUUAUCAAAUCUCCAAGAAAUCCUCAUACAAUGAAGAAUGUAACCUCAAGAAGUCGAGCCACAUCAGAUGCGCUUGAGAAACUAUUAUCGAUCCAAGCUCAACAAUUAACAGCCAUAGGUGAAGCAUGGCGAGCCAAGUUUUCAUUAAACAGAUUAACUACUUGUCAUGAAUCCAACUUGAAUGAACCGUAUGAUACUCAGAUCAAUGGACUUUCAAAAUCUCAAAGAUCUUUACGGUUGGCUAGUACUCGCAGUCAUGGGUCUAGUGUUUCAAAGAAUGAAAAGGAAAAAAGUUGGAAUGAUGGUACUAGAUGUUCAGUAGAUUCACUUUCGAAUCAUGCAUCGAUGUUUGAAGAAACGAAUGAUGUUCAACUUGAUGUAAAAGAAGAAGAAGAAGAUCGAUUAGAAACUCGUCAUCAAGACUUCACACUUCUUACUGAAGCGGUUCUUCAUGAAUUUCUUCAUUCUACUCAUCACUCUAUUAUCGAUCAUAAAACUUUGGUCUUGGAUUGGUUAAACCAUUCUAACUUUAAUGAUUCAGACAACUUUAAUGGAUUCCAAACUGAUGAGCUUUAAAUCCCUCUUGUUUUCUUUAUUCUCUUCUUCAUCUUUCUUGUUCUCUGUAACUCUUGUAUCCUUCUUUCACUACCGCAGUGUUUCUUUUUUUCUUUCCUUAAGCAUUUUUCUUAUUCUUUCUUUCUAUUUUCUUGUCUCCUUUUCUCCUUUUCUCCUUCUCCUUGUCUUUCUCAUUAUCUUAUACUCGAUUUGUUUAGUCAAAAAUUCUAACUUGUAAAACCAACACUCUUUUGUAUCAACUGCAUUUUUGCUUUCCAUAAAUUCUCUCAUCUUUGUAUCACCUUUUUCUCAGUACUUUUUAUUUUGAAAUUCACGCUAAAUCUGUUUCUGAAGU